AUGGAUGAUGUAUACGAAAAUUUGGAGAACUAUGAAGACUUAAAGCAAAUUGAUGAGCUUAAAUUUGAAAACAAGGAACUGAAAUCCAAAAUUGAAAAAUACAACACAGCUAUAGAUACACUACAAAAAAACAUUUUGCAGGAUUACGACAAAUUAGCUGCGGAGCAUAAAAAAUUAGAGCACAAUUAUUCUUCUUUAUUGAAAACUGCUCGAGCAGAAAUUGAAAGAAAAACACUUAUGAUAAAAGAGCUAAAUAUAGAAAAAGAUAAAUUAGUUAUAAGUGCAAGACAAAGUAGGAUGGUAUAUAACCCUAACAAGUAUAAGAAAGUCGAGACUGUUAAAUCUAAAUAUGAAAAGAAAUCUGACUCAAUUACUUCAAGCACUCAAGAAGUCAAGCAAUUGGAAGAAAAUUCACAUGUUCCAAAUUCAAAAAGUUAUUGCAAAAAUGAUAACCAAUUGUCAUUAGAUAAUAAAUUAACUAAUGGUAAAACUAAUGCAAAUGCUUGUAAUGAUGCUGGUGAAUAUAAUCAGGAUAAAAAUUAUAUUCAAGAAGCAAAGAGUGGCACAUAUAAAGAUAAUAACAUGGAAGCCUCAAUCAGACCCCACUAUAGGGACAAUAAGAUAAGGCUUAAGAAAAUUUCAGAGAGAAGAAAAUCAAUGCCAUUGAUAAGCGACAAUGAAGUUAAGUUCAGUUCUGAUGAAGACUGUGAACAGAGCGUAGAGUCAAAAUUAAAUAAGAACUAUCCACGAAAAGACGAAAUAGUGAAAAGGCAUACACAAGAUUACAAUAGAGUGCAAAGGGAAAUGGAUUUCAGCAAAAGAAGAAUCUGUUCACCGUUAGAAUUAAAAGAACAGCUAUCUUGUCAAUCACCCGAUCAUGUUUAUUCUGAAAAUUUUAUAUCCACUGCACCUAUUAAAGAGAUCAUGAAUACUGCUGUUAUGCACUUGGAAGAUCCAAGACUUACCAGUAAAAAGUAUAAAGUAAUAAGUAACAAUGACAAAGAAUUUUUAACAACUGUUGUUGGCAGAAAUGUGGUUAUUGAACCAGUUAAUAAAACUCUCUGGGGUUUUAAUCCAAUUCCGAUGCCAAAAGCAUUACUUGAGCCUCCAGUGAGUUAUGCUGAAGAGCUGGAUAAAAAUAUAUACUUAGGGUUUCAUAUGGAUCAAGCUGUUAAAGAUGAUGUUUGUAACAAUUCAACUACGGAGGUGGUGAAGGACAUUGUGGACAGUUCUCAUGAUAUUUCAAAACACUGCUCAGAAAAUAAUAUGCCCCCGGAAGUCAAAUCAAUGCCCCAGCUAGUAUUUAAUCCGAAAUCUCUAAAGGAGGAAAAUAAUUUUGAUGAUAACAUUAUACAGGAUAUUGAUGAUGACAUGGAUAAUGAUAAAGGAAACAAAGCCGAAAACAAACAUUAUGGAUUUGAUGUAUCAACAAAAAUAGUUGAAGAUGACCUUAUUUUAAGUGAUGAAACUAAUGAUGUUAUCGACACUCGCCCAGAGUUACCAAAAAAAGAAAAUAAAGCUAAACCUAAAAAACAGAAAGAAUUGAAAAAUUUCGAUAAAAUUCAGAAUAGUAAUACACUGACAAAGGUUCAAGAUUGUUUGAGCAAGAAAGAGGAACAGGUUUUGGAUGAUAAAGAAAUAUCUACAGAUCAUGCUAAAAGACAUAAAGGUAAAAAGAAAUUGCUAAAAACAAGCCCCAGCACCGAUCAAUCUAAAGGAAGUAAAAGUAAAAAAAAUAAGAAAGAGAAGGAUACAAAAACACAUGAAAUAAAGACUAAAUUUAAUGACCUGUUUGGUGAUAGCAGCAGUCUUAUUACGCCUGAUGAUUUAGGAAUAGUAAUUCAUGAAAAAGAGGUAAGAGAUAAAUAUGCUACUAUAUAUGAAGAUACUCAAGCUGCAGUUGAUUUGAACCUUGAAGAAAUAGAGGAAACUCAGACAUCAAAAAUAAGCGGUCAAGAUAAUCAAAACGAUUCAGUAAAUGAACAAGUAUGUUUAACACCCUUGAUUAAAGCAAUAUCUCAUUAUGAUGGCGUUAAAGAAAAUAAAUACGAAAUCGAUGAAAACCUGAAAUUCAAUGAUAAGUUCAAUAAUGAUCGUAAAAUGAAAAGUGAUAUAACGCCAUCUGUAGUUAAAGAAAAUAUUGAUGGAAAUAUAAAUGUAGAAUCACAUGACAUUGUAAAAACUGUAAUAAUUUCAACUGGAUCACAACCACAACAUCCGCAUGAUAAUGUUGUAACUUCCACAGAAAAACCAAUCAAAACUCUAGGGCUACAUGCCUUAGCCACUUCUACUCCUGCAAAGAUGACACAAGAAACACCCACUAAAUGUGUAGGAGUGGAGUCUGUUGUUUCAAAGCCACAAGAUUGUUCAAGUAGUACUAAUUCUACUACUAGCAAAAGUUUAUUAGUGCCAAUGAAUCAGCUCUCAGGGGAAAAUAUAGACUCUCAUAAGGAUGAAGAUGUACCUGAUGUCAGAAUAUUUGUAAAACGGAGAAGAAAAGUGAAAAGAGUGAUGUCG